GUUUUAAAUGAUUAUAUUUCGCAUCCCAGGAGAACUUGGGCAAGCUGAUGACCAACUUGAGGAGCACUCAUCCUCAUUUUGUGCGCUGUCUGAUUCCCAAUGAAACAAAGACUCCAGGUUUGGUAUUUUUGUUGUUUUCCAGACUAGCCAAAAUGAAUCCCAUAAAUGCCUAUUACACUGACUGAUUUUGUGCAGGUCUUAUGGAGAACCACUUGGUCAUCCACCAGCUGAGGUGUAACGGUGUGCUGGAAGGCAUCAGAAUCUGCAGAAAGGGCUUCCCCAGCAGAAUUAUCUAUGGUGACUUCAAGCAGAGAUACAAAGUAUUGAAUGCCAGUGUGAUCCCUGAGGGACAGUUCAUUGACAACAAGAAAGCUUCAGAGAAGCUGCUGGGCUCCAUUGAUGUGGACCACUCCCAGUACAAGUUUGGACACACAAAGGUGUUCUUCAAAGCUGGUCUGCUGGGUACCCUGGAGGAGAUGAGAGAUGAUAAACUGGCUUCGCUGGUGACCAUGACUCAGGCUCUCUGCAGAGGAUUUCUCAUGAGGAAGGAGUUUCUUAAGAUGAUGGAAAGGAGGUAUGAUUCUCAUACAGUAUACUUUUGUUGCAUCUUAAAUUCCAGUAUGGAGUUAAACAAAAGCAAUAUUUAUACACUUAUUUUAUCAGAGAUGCGAUCUUCACCGUCCAGUACAAUAUCCGAUCAUUCAUGAAUGUGAAGAACUGGCCGUGGAUGCAUCUUUACUUCAAGAUCAAGCCUCUUCUGAAGAGUGCUGAGACUGAGAAGGAGCUGCAACAGAUGAAGGAGAACUAUGAUAAGAUGAAAUCAGACCUGGCUGCUGCCUUGGCAAAGAAGAAGGAGCUGGAGGAGAAGAUGGUUUCCCUGCUGCAGGAAAAGAAUGACCUGCAACUCCAAGUAGCAUC